CACAAAUCAUCCUUAUCACUUUUUUCUCUUCUCAUCUUACCUUCACCAAUGUCCAGCGAUCCAAGUUCUCUUCUCUCCUUUUUUUUUUCUUUUUUUUUUUCAACGUGACAUAAUCAAAAUCCUUUGCCCAAUUAAAUUUAUAUGUACACUAUUGUAAUUAGUAUCAAUUACUUAUCUUAUUGAUCGGUUUAACUAUGAAUUGGAGCUUAGAUUGAUCUUUUCCAUAUUAAAAAUUGGGAGAAUAAAAAGUGGUCGAAAAGGUUCAGAUAAAACUAGUCAAAUUGGAAAUUCUCAGCUUUGACGAGCUUGAUCUGUUUUGAUUCCUUUUGUAAUUAUUAAGGAUUUUUUACUUAAAAAUAUAAGUAAAGUCAUUUGUUAAAUACUCUGUCUCACACAUUCAUCUUCAAAAUUCUAGUUGAAGAAUGAUUCCUACUUUUCCAUCAUUCCACAAUUUUUCAUCCUCCCAUUUUUCCACUCCUCUAACCAAACAGACCCUUAAAGUGAACAUUUAAAUAUACAAAUAGAGAGAGGGAUUCAAAGAGAGAUAAAUACAGCAAUGGAGCUGUAGAGGGCCUGGAGGCUAGAUUUGUGCCAAUCGUCCCUAGUUGGCUGGUCAGAUCUUCAACUUGAUGGAACUCUUUGCAGCAAGUGGCGAUGGGAGCUAUGGAUCAACAACUCAAUGAAUGGCCAAAUUUUAUUUUUGAUUCCGGGUUCUUUAUAUCAAAAUUUUCUCUUUCGGUUGAAAGUAAACUAUUCAAGGUCUGACUCUGAAGUUAUUUCUUUCCAAAAUUCUAGUGAGGCCGGUAAGUAAAUCCCUCUUAAAUUUUAAGAUAAUUGUAUAUAGGAACGAAAGAGGUCAAGAGCUGGGAAUCAAUGGGCCUUCUUUCUUCUAUUCUUGUCGUUACAAAUUUACUCUUUUUCUUGUUUAAAAUCUCCUAUGGAGUACUAGACAGCAUAACUCCAUCCCAAAUUUUAAGUGAUGGUGACACCAUAGUGUCCAGAGAAGGAAAAUUUGUACUGGGUUUCUUCAGUCCUGGAAGUUCCAAGAAUCGUUACUUGGGAAUUUGGUACAAGAGCAUCCCAGUUCAAACUGUUGUUUGGGUUGCAAACAGAGUUCGCCCAAUCAACGAUACUUCUGGGAUUUUGAUGAUAAACAGCACUGGAAAUGUUAACGUCAUCCAGAAUAAUUCGGUUGUUUGGUCAGCAAGCCCUUUGAAAGAAGCUCAGAGUCCAUUGUUACAACUCUUGGAUUCUGGGAAUCUUGUGGUAACAGAUGGCAAUUCAGAAGAUUAUUUGUGGCAAAGCUUUGACUAUCCAUCUGAUACAAUGUUACCAGGGAUGAAAUUCGGUUGGGAUUUGAAGAGAGGUCUCAACAGGCGCUUAAUUGCAUGGAAGAACUGGGAUGACCCAUCUCCUGUGAACUUUAUCUUUGAGAUUACACUUCGUAACUACCCAGAAUCUUGUUUGCGGCGAGGCUCAACAAUAUACUUCCGUUCUGGGCCUUGGAAUGGCUAUGGCUUCAGUGGUGCACCUGGACUAAAGCCAAAUCCGGUGUAUUCCUUCAAAUUUGUGUUCAAUCAAGAUGAGGCCUACUUCAUGUUUACCCUGAAACAGUCACUCUACUCAAGAGCACUUCCCAACCAAACUAACUCUAUGUUUCAACGCUUCACAUGGACAGAACAACGUUGGCAGCGUUUUAUAUCUGUGCCUAUAGACUACUGUGAUACUUAUGCCCUUUGUGGAGCCAAUGCAAGAUGUCUUAUUACCGACGCUCCAGUCUGCCAAUGUUUAAAGGGAUUCAAACCCAAGUCACAACAAAGAUGGGAUUCACUGGAUUGGUCCCAAGGAUGUGUACGCAAUAAACGAUUGAGCUGCGAGGAGAGAAGUACACAUGGGUUUCUUAAAUUUUCUGGAUUGAAACUCCCAGAUACUACGCACUCAUGGGUGAACACAAAAAUGAAUCUCGAGGAAUGCAGGGCAGAAUGCUUGAAUAACUGUACUUGUAUGGCUUAUACAAACUCAGAUAUCAGAGAAGGUACUGGCUGCGCCAUCUGGUUUGGUGAUCUAGUAGAUAUUAAACAGUUUCCGGCUGGUGGACAGGAUCUAUACAUUCGGAUGCACCCAUCAGAACUGGGAUCAAUCCACAAAUUAAACAAGAAGAAAGGGGAGGUGAUCAUCAUAACAGCAUCAAUCAUUUCUGGAUUGCUUACUUUGGGGUUGCUUUGGCGUUUAACUUGGAAGAAAACAAAUAGAAGACGUGAAAGAAAGAAAGAAGAUGUAGACGUACCAUUAUUUGAUUUCACAACGGUUGCUACAGCAACAAACAAAUUCUCUCCUGCAAAUGUGAUCGGGGCAGGUGGAUUUGGUCCUGUUUAUAAGGGACAUCUAUGUAACGGACAAGAUAUUGCAGUGAAGAGGCUAUCAAAGAAUUCAAGACAAGGUCUUGAAGAGUUCAAGAAUGAAGUUGUUCUCAUUGCCAAACUUCAACAUAAGAAUCUUGUCAAGCUUUUGGGCUACUGUGUUCAAGGAGAGGAAAAGAUGUUAAUCUAUGAGUACAUGCCCAACAAAAGCUUGGAUUGUUUCAUUUUUGAACAAAAUGAUACUUUGCUAGCAUGGCCAAAGCGUUUUGACAUUAUUAUCGGGAUUGUGCGAGGACUUCUCUAUCUUCACCAAGACUCUAGACUUCAAGUCAUCCACAGAGAUCUAAAAGCAAGCAAUAUUUUAUUAGAUAUCAACUUAAACCCAAAAAUAUCAGAUUUUGGCUUAGCAAGAACUUUUGUAGGGGAUGAAAGUGAAGUGAAGACAGAUAGAGUUGUUGGAACAUACGGCUACAUGUCUCCUGAGUAUGCAGUUGAUGGAAGAUUUUCAGUGAAAUCUGAUGUGUUUAGCAUGGGUGUGCUUAUGUUAGAGAUAGUGAGUGCCAUGAAAAUUAGAAAAUUUUUUCACCCAAAUCACCAUCAUAACCUUUUGGGACAUGCAUGGUUGCUGUGGAAGGAGGGCAGGGCCUUGGAACUAUCGUAUACAUGUUUGGAGGAUUCACAUUCAAGAUCUCAAAUCUUGAGAUGUAUUCAAGUUGGUUUGCUAUGUGUUCAAAAUUUUCCUGAAGACAGGCCAAUAAUGUCUUGUGUGAAUUCUAUGUUAACAAAUGAGGAAGCAAUUUUGCCCCAGCCUAAACAGCCUGGUUUCUUCAUAGAAAUAAGUCCCAGCAAUUCAGGUGCAAUAUUAAGAAAUGAAGAAUCUAACAUAGAGAAUGCAGUUACUAUAACUAUGCCGGAAGCUAGAUAGGAAAUUCAUAAGUAGCUUGUCUGAGAAGUUAUAUGUGAAAGUUUUUUAGUAUUUAGGGGUGCGUUUGGGAUUAGAUUGCAUCUUUUUGUUUUUAGAAGUAAAUUCUAUUAAUUGUUCAUAGUUGCUACUUGCUUGGAUGUGUAAAACUAAUGAGCUUUUCUGUAUUUUCGUUAAUGAAAUGGCUGGACCAGCCAAUUCUUAUCUAAAAUA